AUGGAAGACUACAAUCAACACCAGGGGAAUCCUCAGCAGGCUCCCCCGGUGAAUCAGGUCCUGGGGAACAACCCCAUAACCCAGGAUCAUGGAGUUCAUCAUCCACCGCAGUCGGGUCCCACCUUGGAGUACUACUACACUCCGCGGAUUCCUGACAUCCGCCCGGUCAUCCUCUACCCGCCUAUCCCAGCAAACAACUUCGAGAUCAAGCCAUGCUGGAUUCAGCUCAUUACAUCUUCCAUCCAGUUCCAUGGCUUGAAGGACGAGGAGGCCAGGGUACAUCUCUCCCGUUUUCUGCAGCUGACGAACGGGUUCAAGCUGAAUGGUGUCCCGGAUGAUGCAAUCCGCCUUCAUCUCUUCCCCCAUUCUCUGGUGGGGAAUGCUAAGAGGUGGUUGGAGACCCAUCCCCCAUUGUCCAUCACCUCUUGGGACGAUCUGGCUGACAAGUUCGUGCACAGGUACUAUCCGGCAUCGAAGACUAUAGAGAUUCAGCGGGAGAUCACUCACUUCCGCCAAGAGCCAGAUGAGUCACUUCGUGAUGCUUGGGAGCGGUACAUGGGCUACUUCUGGCAGUGCCCCCAUCAUGGCUUCAGUGAUGCAUUCACAGUGGGGAAUUUCUACAGUGCUCUCUCUCCAGACAGCCAGAGGGUGAUUGAGUCUCUAUGCCUAGGAGGGGAUGUUCUCACUAAGACUCCACCCGAGCUGAACCAGAUGAUUAAUACAUUGGCUGCCAGAGAUCAUUCCUGGGGGUAG